GAGUCAAGUUACAGUUAGUAUUCUUUAUGAUAACCUACUGGAGGUCAGAGUUGGGAGGGAAAUGCUACUUUUGCAGGAGUUCGGCUUUAAAAUGAAUAGUCCGGGUGGUUUUAUUUGGGAUCAUUUAUUUCCACGAACUGAAAGUGAAACAAAGCUCUAGCUCUCAAACUGUUUUUUUUAUUUUAAUAUUCUGAGUGCGGAAGGGCUGGAGCCAGUUGCGGAGGAGGUUGGAACAGAUGCGCCGCACAUCUGUACUGCUCCCAAAUACGUGCGGUGUGUCAGGUUCGCAAUGUCGUUGAGCGGGGAGGCGGCUCCAUGAGGCUGCGGGGCGUUCCUGCGGCACACAGGCUGUGCCCGGGCGGAGUGACACCGCACUCAGGGAGGGGUCCCGUCCGGGAGAGGAACAUGAGACUGAAAACAAACCCUAUUUGACAUGUGGGGGGAGUCUUUCAUCCUUAGCGUUUGUCUGCCGGCUGCUGUCUGGCAAUAAACCGCACAGGCCGGCUCCUGGAACAGUUGGCAAGUCCCCGAAGAAAGGUUGUUACCACGGACACGGGCAUCAUUGGGUUGAUAGAACUGUUACUGCACGGGCAACUUGGGGAGGUCCGCAUUCUUGUGGCGGGGGAGACGAACGCCAUUCACUCGACAUGAAGUGUGACAAAUGCACUAAGAAGGAAUGUAGUAAAAAACGGAAAAAUGAUGAAAACGAAAGUCUGAUCAUCGACACGAAAAGCCCCAGCGAUGUAGAUGAGGAAAGUGAAUUUCAUAAGUUGGCAAAUGCAAAAAUAUUCCUUAGUGACUGUCUGGCCUGUGAAAAUUGCGUGACAUCCACGGAAGGUCUGCGGAUUGCCCAGCAAUGCCAGGAGUUUUUCUCAGUACUUGACCUCAAUCAGAGAUGUGAUGAGUCCAAACACAAAGUUCUGGUAGUUUCAAUUUCCCCUCAGUCAGUGCCCUAUUUUGCUGCUAAGCACUGUAUAGAUGUUGCUGAUGUAAUCCAAAGACUUUCUGGAUUCUUGAAAAGCAUUGGGGUCCAUUAUGUCUUCAAUAUGACAUUGGCAGCUGAUUUCAGCCUUCUCGAGAGUCAAAGAGAGUUUGUUCAGCGCUUUUACCAGAGAAGCCAAAACCAAUGUGCUUUACCAAUGUUUGCCUCUGCUUGCCCUGGUUGGAUUCGUUAUGCCGAAAAAGCCCUUGGUAGCCUUGUACUUCCACACAUCUGCACUGCCAAAUCCCCACAGCAAGUUAUGGGAUCCCUCAUAAAGGACUAUUUUGCCAAAAAACAGCAUCUCCCUCCUGAGAAGAUCUUCCAUGCAGUCAUUACUCCCUGUUACGAUAAAAAAUUGGAGGCACUAGGGGAAGAUUUUUACAGCAGUGUUUACAAGAUACAGGAUGUUGACUGUGUGCUAACUUCAGGUGAAAUAGCACAGAUGAUGGAUCAAAAAGGCCUCCAGCUAAUGGAUGUGGAGCCGACAGCUUCAGACAAUUUGUUUGAAGAAAUCGGUGAUAUGGAUAUCACAAGGCAUAAUGGGAGGGGAUCUGAUGGCUUCCUGGAACACAUUUUUAAAUAUGCUGCUAAGGAAAUCUUUGGCAUUGAGGUGAAAGAAAUUAUCUACAAAACACUCAGGAAUAAAGACUUUCAAGAGGUUACGCUGGAAAAAGAUGGGGAGAUUGUUUUGCGAUUUGCGGCCACAUAUGGAUUCAGGAAUAUUCAGAAUAUGGUUCACAAACUGAAGAAAGGGAAAUUCCCUUACCACUUUGUUGAAGUUCUUGCAUGUCCAGGAGGAUGCCUCAAUGGAAAAGGUCAAGCUAUGACUGAAGAUAGAAAAAUGGACAAAGAUUUACUCCAUCAAAUGGAGGAAAUGUACAGCAGUCUGCCUGUUCGCAUGCCAGAAACCAACCUUCAUGUGCAAGUGCUCUACCAAGAAUGGUUGGAGGGAAGAAAUUCCACCAAAGUUCAUGAAGUUCUGCACAGACAGUACCAUGUAUUAAAUGAGGCACUGACUAGUGUGGACAUCAAAUGGUAGGCCUCCUGGUGCAGGAGAACGAAGUUUUGGAACCCCAGUUCUGAAUUUCUCCAGGGAACAUCAGCAGUGUCUAUUAAUAAAGGUGCAAUUUGGCUGACAAAUCAUUUAGCCAAUGAUGUGUAAAAAUGUGACAUUGUCAUUGGUAAGGAAUACAGGCUUGAAUAAUGUAAUUAUCCAGGACUUCAGAUAAAUCUGGGAGAUGCUCAACUUCAAAGUCACUUGAAUGUUUCCAUUGUUCAUGCUUGCUUUCAAAUUAAUAUAUUGCAUAAACAAGGUCAUAAUUACAUCAAGUUAUUAUCUCAUGGAGAAAUGCAGUCCUUUAAUAGAAGAAUAAUUCCUCAAAUACAGUUCAAUUUAAUUUAUUGUUCAUGUAAUGCUUUCAAGGUGGGGAGGGGAAAUUCAGCUAAAUUUAUAUUUAACCUUGAAAGUAUGAAGGGAACAUUGCAUGUCAUUUACUGUUGCUGACAUACUACAGCUCAGUAAUUGGUGCUUUUCAGAUCUGUCCUUGCACACAAGGAACACUUCACAUUGAGGACCCACAAGGCUACCUCUUGUUUCAAUGUUAAGUUCACAGUAUGCUUACUGCAACUCUGCCAAAUGGUUCAGUUUGUGGAAGUUCAAGUUACACUUUUGAUCUUGUUCCUCAAGAUUUGAACUUGCGUCCUGUGAGUUCUUAAAUCGGGUAAACUUUUACUGAAAUCUGUUAAGUUUUAAAGAUGCACUUCUGAAGUUCAGUAGUUACCCUGCUUGCAAUUGACUGCUGAAUCAAUUGAAAGGAGUUUUAUAACUGUCAGGUUCUUCAAAGUUGUUCACUAAAGGUUUCUUUUAAAAGAAGCAUUUUAGUGGGUGCAAAAAUAGCUUGGUGCUCUAUCACUGUAGGUUUUGAACAUAUUGUUUGAGUUCUUUCCUUGCCUCUUUCCCACUAUUGAUGGAAUUGCAAUGUUCCAAUCAAUAUACACUAUUCCUAUAACAAUUAAUACUAAAUUAACAGAUGGAAAACAUGGCAGCAGCAGCAAACUUAUGGAUAUUGGAAGAUUGCACAUCUUUGCAAUUUAAUGUUCAUCAUUAAACUUUAUAAAAUUACUACCUUCAUAUUGUAUUAUUCUGUUGCUAAUUUAAAGAACGUGCCUAUUUUAUCAUUUAAAUGACAAUGCGAUCUCUAAGUCCCUAAAGCCACAACACCAAGAAGAAGCAAUUAUUUUGAAUCCCACCACCCCCCCCCCCAACAGAUGCCCACAAAUCAAUCUAAAAUGGUAUCUUAUUCUGUAUAUCUCACGAAUGAAUGUAAUAAUUCUGCAACAUUUUGUUGACUCUUUGUAAUAAAUCUUUCAAUACUUUAGAUUGUACAUCAGAAGUUUAUAUCAGUGUUAAUGCUAAGAAAUUGAUUCAGACAUCAAAGGCAUUUUUUUUUUUUGAAACUUACAAUUACAGUUUGAGCUUUAACUGUAUGUACUCCACAAAAUGUUGUGAACAAAAUUAUGUAAACUCCAGUUUUGUGCAUGUUGCUUUAAUGUGAAAAUUAGGUUUUUUGGUAAUUGCUUAAAUUGAGUAGCAAGAUUAUUUUUAAUAUGCCUGAACUAUGCUGGCAUAAAACAGCACAAAUUAAAAAUACAGACAUUCCAGACUUUUUUUAUCAUGAAUCCUGAUGCCCAUUUUCUCGAUUACAAGGUAAUGCUUGCUUUGGGAGGUACAUUGGAUCAGAUGCAGUGUUAUCAACAUCCAACUCAAAUUUGCCAUACUAAUGUUGUUCUGUCAGGGUCUUUGUUGCAAACAUCAAUGACAUUGCAGCAGAAAACUUCC